AUGUCUACUGCCACCACCACCAUCACUGCAUCUGUUGCAGCUGCAGCGCCAGCGCCGGAAAAUGUCCGCAUGCGGAUCGACGGCAGCGACCCCAAGUUUGGUGAUUUCCGGGAUGAUCUUGCCCGGGAUGGAUUUGCCGUUGUGAAGGGUGCCAUUCCCCGUGAGCGGGCCCUCAAAUAUGCCGAUGAGAUGUUCUCAUGGCUGGAGAACUUUAACCUGGGGUUUGAUCGUCACGAUCCGUCGAGUGUUCACAAAGACAACCUUCCCGUAAUCAAUGAGAAGGGAAUGUGCUUGCAGUAUGCCGUCACCCACGAGAAGUUCGUUUGGGAUGUGCGUAGCGAACCGGGGGUCGUCGAAACCUUCGAGAAGGUGUACAAUGACAAAGAUCUCAUUGUCUCUUUUGAUGCCGUGAACUUCGGUUUCCCGAAAUCUUCCUGCGAAUAA